AUGGAAGUUGCACUUAGAGUCGUCUCAUUGCGGAAUGAGAACAUUGUAGGUAGCAACUGGAUAUACAAAAUCAAGAGGAACUCUGCUGGUUCAGUGGCCAGAUACAAAGCUCGACUUAUGGACUUAAGGCUCAGGGGGUUUAGCCAGGAAUCGGGGUUCGAUUUUGGGGAGACUUUUAGUCCAGUAGUUCGACAUACAACAGUGAGGUUGAUUCUAAGUCUUGAUGCUACGAUCCAAUGGAAAUUAAGGAAACUUGAUGUCAAGAAUGCCUUUUUGCAUGGAGAUCUUGAAGAGUAA